UCCGAAACAUAUAUCUAUAUUCUUCUAUGCGAGUAACCCCCCAAUUUCUUCUUCUUGUUAUUUAUUUGCAGAAUCAAUAUUUGUCUGUUGUAUGCCACCGUCCGGUCGGCAACGAAGCCCGUUUCUGUCUCUGCCCCUCUCCCUGUUUCCAUUUAAAUCCUACUAACCCCCCUCACUCACCCACUCACUAUCCUAUCCUUCUCUCAUAACUUACAAUUCAACUCUACUUUCUUAAUCUACUUCAUUCUUCAUGAUUAUAGGUUAGGGUUUAAGUUUCAAGAUGACUAGUGUGAUGGAUUCUGCGAAAACCGCAGUUAAUGCAGUGGAGAAUGGCUUGGAUUCGCAGUUAUGGCAUGCCUGUGCUGGUGGUAUGGUGCAAAUGCCGCCAUUGAACUCGAAGGUUUUCUACUUCCCUCAAGGCCAUGCUGAACAUGCAGCUUCCGGGAAUGUGAGUUUUGGGGAUUCCCUACAAAUCCCGCCGCAAAUUUCGUGUCGGUUAUCGUCCAUAAAGUUCAUGGCAGAUCCGGAAACGGAUGAAGUUUAUGCUAAAAUGGGGCUGAUCCCGUUGGAAAACAAGAAUGAUUUUGAUUUGAAUGAUGAUGGGGAAGUAGGGUUUGAUUGCAACAAGAAUGGAAAUCAGGAGGUUCCGACAUCUUUUGCGAAGACAUUGACUCAGUCUGAUGCCAAUAAUGGUGGUGGAUUUUCCGUUCCUCGGUACUGUACGGAUACGAUAUUCCCAAGGUUGGAUUACACGGCUGACCCCCCGGUUCAAACCAUCUUAGCCAGGGAUGUUCAUGGCAAAGUUUGGAAAUUCAGGCAUAUUUACAGAGGGACCCCGCGUCGCCAUCUGUUAACAACCGGUUGGAGCAAUUUUGUGAACAAUAAGAAGCUUGUGGCGGGUGAUUCCAUUGUGUUUCUUAGAGGUGAUAAUGGCGAUCUCUGUGUCGGAAUACGAAGGGCCAAAAGGGGAAACAGUAAUGGUGGAUUUUAUCGGUUCGUAAAGGAAGACGAAUCUGUGAUAAAAGCUUUGAAUCUAGCAGCAAAUGGUCAACCGUUUGAGGUUUCGUACUACCCGCGUGCAAGCACUCCGGAAUUUUGCGUAAAAGCUUCAACCGUCUUGGCGGCAAUGCGGGUUCCGUGGUGCCCCGGAAUGAGGUUCAAGAUGGCGUUCGAGACCGAAGAUUCUUCUAGAAUAAGUUGGUUCAUGGGGACGGUUUCUUCUGUUCAUAGUACUGAUCAAAAUCGUUGGCCGAAUUCUCCAUGGAGGCUUCUUCAGGUUUCAUGGGACGAACCGGAUUUGCUACAAAACGUGAAGCGCGUAAACCCGUGGUUGGUUGAAGUGGUGUCAAACAUGUCUGCAAUCCAUCUUUCACCUCCAAGAAAGAAACUUAAACUCCCCCAACCACCCGAUUUCCCGUUAACUUCAUCGUUAAUCACCACUAACAACAUUCCCGCUAGCAUCCAGGGAGCCAGGCAUAAUGAUUCUCAUAAUCAUAAUCAUAAUCAUAAUCCCGAAUCCAACACAAUCCAGUCUUUCCCAAUUGGGAUUGUGAAUCAUGAUCCGUUGAGAAGAUUCGCUUCAAUGGUCAUGGAAACAGCUCAAGAAACUAAUGAAAACGUUUCUUGCUUGCUUACAAUAGGGAAUAGUUGCUCGAAUAAAAAUGAUGUUGAUGGAAAAGAUAAGAAAAAACCCGUGUUCAUGUUGUUUGGUCAACCGAUCUUGACUGAACAACAGUUGUCAGAGAGUUGGUCUGGUGAUGGUUCGGUGGUCCUUCAAAAUGGUUCGGGUGAAAGCUCAUCAGAUGACGCUGCUCCGUGGCUCAGUGAACCAAAAACUGAGUCUGUUUUCGAAGCUAGUUGCCGUAAGGUUUUAGGGGACUCCUGCCUUUAUGGGUUUUAGGUUAUAUCAAAAACGACAUUUACAAAAGCUUGGUGCUGAUGAAUCCGUCAGUGCGUUCUUGAAGGCGGGAAUGAAGAAUCUGUUCUAACAAUUACACUUGAUAUGUUUGCAUUUUUUUCAAAAGAAAUCUUGUUUGUUUUCUUGUGGUUUCGGGGAGUCGUGGGAAAAGUCCUGUUCGACCUAAUUUUGUGGCGUUUAGUGUCAGGAAUGCGUUUAGUUAAACAUUUGAUGUUUUCUUGAUCUGUUUGGAACCUAAUUUCUGGUGAAUCAUUUGGAUGCAAUGCAA